AUGAAUUUUAUUAAACGAACAUUUCGCGAUUCACAUACUUAUGUACACUCGACACAAUCACCUCCUCAACCAUCAACUUCAGUUCGUCCAUCUAUAUUACCGUCGUCUCAAUCACCGCAACAAUCUUGUUCAAAGACACCAUCCGUUCAAAAUACAUCGAAUAAUCAUCGUACAUCAACGUCUACGGGAUCAGUAAGAUUUAUUGAAAUAGCUGGACCACAAAAAUAUAAUGACCGUGAAAAAUAUUUAACAGCUAAAUAUCCUCAACAACAAAUGCAAUUGAUUCGAAAACGAUUAAAAGUAGAAUUUUGGGUCGAUGAUCAACUAAGAUAUUUAUAUGAUAUCAAAGAGUUUGUGGAUGAAGUAUUACAGCGCGUUAAAACGCUGUAA